AUGCGUCUUGAUUAUUCUUGGCUUGGACCGUUCGUCUUUGCUUUUCUCUCCUCGCGUACGUUACGUCUCCCCGUGCCCACCCCGCGUUUCUUUCGCCCUCCACAGUUGGUUUCGCUUCUACGCGCGGCGUCGCCGCCUUUGCUCUUCAUCCUGCAUUCGCCCGUCCCGUGUCCCGUGUCCCGCGUCCCGUUUUGUUGCGUGUACGAAUGGCUCGCGCGCGUGUCCGUCCGUCCGUCCGUCCGUCCGUCGACCGCGAGCGAGCGCGGGCUUGGCCUCGGGCCCCCUGCGCGCUUCACCGAGCGCGUGCCAUCUGCAUCUCGGCGCACGCGUGCGUAUCAAUGCGACGUGCUCCCAAGGGCCAAGGCGGGCUCGCGGCAUGAUCGACGCCCUGUCGAUCCCGGGCGUCCUUUCAUUCAAGGCGGCCGGCUGCGCGCAUACGACUGCGCACAUACAUACAUCUAUACAUACAUACAUGCUUGCUUGCUUGCACCCAGUCACUCGCGCGUAGGGAACCACACCGGCGCGAUCCCCCCUGCGGGCCCGUCUGCGUCCGUCCGGUCCGCGCUCCCAGCCAACUUAUCGACCCGUCGGCGCACGCAUGUCCAUCGACGGCGGCGGCAGCAGCAGCGGCGGCGUCUGCCCAGGCUCGCGGGCGUACCUGCGUGCGCGUCGGCGGGCGUACCUGCGUGCGCGUCGGCGGGCGUACCUGCGUGCGCGUCGGCGCGCGCAAUGCAGCGCCUCUGCCCGGCUUCUCCCGACGUGCCGCCGAGCGUGCCCCACCCCACCCGUCUGCGGCGCGCAGCACCACCGCUCGACGCCCCAUCACCGGCCCUGGCCAACGCCCGCGCCUCGCGAGGACGCGCGAUGGCCCGCGCGCGAGCUGUCGAGCUAGUACGUGCGUGCUGGCAUUUCCGCGCGUGCGUGAUGGACGGCGACGAGGGUGCCAAACGCGGCUGGACAGCGUGGGGCUGGGGCGCGUCGGGGAGGCGAGCCCGAGCGGGCGGGGUCGGGGGUGGAGCCCUUGAGACGCCAAACGUAGAUAUCCGGCUCGACCCUGUCCGCUCGUGUGCUUCGGUGCGUCGACGACAGCGCGUCGUCGACGGGCGUGAGGAACACGCACCUGCGGUUUUCACCCCGACGCGCUCCGACGUCCAUCAACGUGCAAAUUCGAUUCGAUCCCAUCUGGCGCGCCGUCGUCGUCGUCGCCGAUCCACCGUGCCGUUAUACGAUAUAGCCUACGUUCAGAUCCCAUCCGCACGGCCGGCCCUGCAUGCGCCCUGGUCCUUCCGCGACGCACGCGCGCAGUCCCCGGCGUCGGGCCGUCCUGAGUCUCCGUCCGAGUCCGAGUCUGCGUCUCAGUCCGAGUCCGAGUCUGCGUCUCAGUCCGAGUCCGAGUCUGCGUCCGAGUCCGAGCGCAAUCAGCCCGCCGUGUCGUCCGCGCGCGUGGGUGCCGCCUCGCGCGAUGCGUGCGCGUGCGCGUCCCCAAGCUUGCCCACUCCCGUGGAGCUCGCGCUGCGGGUGCGAACACGCUGCAGCGAGCGCAGACGCACCGCGUACCGCGGGCCCGGCGCGGGCCUAUGUUUCGUACUGCGCGGUGCCCCCGCCGAGGAUGAGAUGGGAUGGGAUGGGAUGGGGUGGAGCGGGACGGGACGACGUGAGUUCAGAAAUGGGGCGCGCGAGGAUACACGGAGGGUUGCUCGACGAUGA